UGCUGUUUUAAAGAAUACAACACGAAAUUGCAAUCAUUUUCAGUUUGGUUUUAAAAUUACCAUACAUUCCAUAAACUUGAGAGAAUAAGGAGCGUUCGUGUGCGGAGGAAGAAGCCCCAACUCUGGGACAGGUAGACGCAGGUACUCUCCACAUGUCUACAGGUGGCACCAGUGCAACCACAUAUUAGCAACCAUGGAGUGCGACUGCAAACCGGACAGUGCCUGUACUUCGACUUCUCCCUGUGGAGAACUGGAUGACGUAGUGGCGGAUCUGUGGUUAAACUCCAAAAGUGUGCUGACGGGGACACUUACAGUGGUGGGGUUUGUGGUAUACAGAUUCUCACAAGCUCUUCCGUUUCUAAUAAGGUGGCCAAUACGUAUAUUUUGCUCUCUUACUGGUUUGUCCUCGCUGUGGGCCUGGGUGUCCCGUUUGCUGAGUACGGUCCGAGGGUUAAAAACUUUAGUGAAGUGGUUGUCUUCACUCUGGAAGUUCAUUGCAGCACUGCCUACCAAACUCAGCUGGGUGACACCCAUAAUCAAAGCUAUUGCAGGCUCAUUCACUAACAUUAAGAAGUUUCUAGAGACACUAAGAGACCUCGUCCAGCGUCUGAGAGGACACUCCAAAGGCAAGAAUCCAGAAAUUGAGCAGUCAAAAGGUCCCGCAUCGGAGAGCAGCCUUGCCACUCUCACCCCCGGUCCCCCUGACACCGGGCUGCGCAUCAUUCUGGUCGGACCGCGGGGGGGCGGCCGCAGCCAGCUGGGAGACACCCUGCUGGGGUGCAGAGGGUUUCCGCGAGUCUCCAGGACGUGCGUGAGUCAGAGGGCCUUCGUGGAGGGGAGAGAGGUGACCGUCGUGGACACCCCAGAUCUGCUGGGGUCGUCCCUGGGGGCAGCAGAACGGGCGCGGGAGGCCCUACGGAGCAUCCAGCUGGCCGGGCCGGGGCCACACGCCUUCCUGCUGGUGAUGCGGGCCCCCGAGUCCAGCGGCGUGGGGGACAUCGACGAAGCAGAAGCCCUGAAGACCCUGCUGGAGCUGGUGGGCGAGGAGGCUCUGAGUCACGUGCUGCCCGUGCUUACGCACGCGGACUCUCUCGGCGGCUCCCCGAAGCUGGCCCAGCUGCUCCAGGGGGCCCGGCAGAGCCUGAUGGCCACUCUCUCCACGUGCGGCCAGAGGGCGGAGCUGGUGGCCGACGGGCCGGCCUGCCCCCCGCCUGAGAGGACGGCCCAGGGCACGAGGCUGCUGGAGCGCGUGGAGGAGAUGAAGACGCUGGGCGGCCAUUACGUCCACGAGCUGCAGAGGAGGGAGGACCGGAUUCGGGAGAAGCUACGGGAGGACAUGGCCGCUGUUCUAGAGAGGAGGCUGGAGGUGAAGGACAAGGGGGUGUGAGGAGGGUGGCAUUGGACGGAGGUGGCAUUGGACAGAGGUGGCAUUGGACAGGGGUGGCAUUGGACAGAGAGUGGGACGGAGUGCUGAAUUAAGUCCUUGGGAAGUGACGGUACUAGAUUACAUUACAUUACAUUAUUGGCACUUGGCAGACGCUCUUAUCCAGAGCGACAUACAGUUGAUUACACUAAGCAGGAGACAAUCCUCCCCUGGAGCAACGCAGGGUUAAGGGCCUUGCUAGUACUGGAGGGGAAGAAACUUCAUGUAUGUACAUUUAUGGGGUUACAAUAAAUUUUUUUUUUUUUUUUUUUUUACAUUUCCUGCUCCAUGCUUGAUUAACCACAAUCCCAUUGGUAAAUCUUCUGGACCAUAGAAACCUCGGAACUCUAGAGACGUCAAUUACAUAAGAAAAAAGUGUUCAAGGUAAUGAAUGAGCACUGAAAUUAUUUGACAAAGAAGACAAUGUGGCCUUCCAUGGCAUUCUCUGGUAUUAUUUUUGGGA